UCGAACACGGUGUACUAAGUCUAAAUAUAUCCUUCAGCAGAGAUACCUUAGUACGAAAAUAGACUUCUGGACCUGAAUAUCCGUUUUGUAACAAACCAAUUGGCAGCACUGUUUGUAUGUUUAUUUCGUGUGGAAUUACGAUUCGUUUUAGUCUAGUACAUUAUGGGCGACAGAAAGUGUAGUACAACAGAAAAAGAUGUUGAAAGACAACUGGAUGAAGUCAGUUUGAAAAUUAGCGAAUCUCAUAUGUCUUUAGGAAAGGAAAAACCGAAAAGAAUACCUAGUUUAAACGGAUCUGAAAUUUUGGUAUAUUUAGUCUUAGCUGCAAUGUUUGUAUUGGGAUGGUACAGUUUAAACAGUUGCUCGAUCAGCAGAAUGAUACCAAUCUAUCUGAUUGUCGGAGGUGCUGUGGGUUUGCUAAUCAAAGCUCUAUUGGCUACCACUAAUGUCUACUUGUUUAACAUAAUGGUUUCAACAAUAGCAUUUUACGUAGUAUGGCACGUAACCGGAAGUUACUACGUUUUCAAAGAGUACCAACCGAAUUAUGAUCCAACAAUUGGGCCGUAUUGCGACCGUAUUCCGUAUUUAUUAGCAUUUUGGGUUUUAAUUAUUCAAUACGCCUUGUUCGGUUUAUUCUUAGUAUUAACAUCUUGUGAAUACUUGAUGAAGAAAGAAAUAAAAACGUAGCCGAAUCUUUUUUUAACAUUUUUUUGGGCGAUACAAUUCGUUCCACAAAAUGGAAAUUAGACAUAAAUUUCCAAUAAGACGUAAUCUUCUCUCGACGAGAAGCCCGUUUGUUUCCGGGCUUUGACGGUAUUCGAUCAUCCGUCGUUACGAUUCGCUGAAUUCAAUUCAAGACAAUUGACCUGAUGCUGUUGUGAGAUAUUCGAGUUUCAGGUCGAGAGGAAUUAAAUUUUAAGAUAGUUUAAUAGAUUUUUUAUAUUAUUUUCAUUUAUAAAUUCAAUAAAUUUUUAUCUUUAUAAAGCUGUGUAUCACUAAAACCUAGUCAGUCC